AUGUUUAUAUUUUUAUUUAGAUCCAUAGAGUUAGAGGGUUUAGACCCCUGGUUCCUCAAGUACAGCCUAGGUAUAUAUAACAUAUACGUAUUUGUAUGUGUGUGAAUUAUAUUGGUCCUUCAGCCCAAGAUGAACACUCAAACAUGCCACUGAAGUUAUACAAUUUUAUUUGUUUACAUAGAAAUCGCAUCCGCGAUCGGAUGCAAUUACAAAGGACGGAGUUACGAACCGGGAUCUCUGGUCGGAACAGAUCAGCCUUGCUUGAAGUGUACUUGUGUCACCGGAAAUCUGGUGUGUCACUUGCAAGUAUGUCCUGAACUACCAGAUCCGCCGCCUCAGGGAUGCGUGAUCGUUCAUAAGAAGAACAAAUGUUGUGCGCACCUUCAAUGUUUUUACGGUAAACGUCAUAUUGUAAUACCUGUAUGAACUGUUACUGUGUUUAAAAACAUUAACAUAAUUCUACAAAAUCGACAUUUUUAACGAACAAAAUCACCAUCGAAUAAUGUUAGCCGAUACUUUAUUAAACUUAUUAGCAAAACACCAAAAUUCUAAAACCGUUUUUCGUCUCAAAUUUAAAAUAAAUUUCGAUUCAAGAAAUGCGCAUACAUAAUUUGGACACGCUUCGCACCAUGGAAAUGCUACUGUUGUAGGUGGGAAGUCGGCAAGGUAAAGUUAGGUUAACCUAACACUUUUCAUAUAAAAUCUUCUAAAAACUGUAAUAUUGCGAAUGGUUUUAAAUAACUUAGGAAAUUCAGAAAUAUUUUGAAAAUGUUACCUCGACUAGAAAGUGACGACAAAAGUAUUCGGUGAAAGCUAUUAGGUCUCUAAGAUUAUUUUUUACUGAAUUACAAAAAAAAAAAAAAAAAAACGAAAUCAAUAAAAUAACAGAAAUCGAUAUUGCGUAACUAUUCCCCCCCCCCCGUCCCGUUGUCCCUCAUUGUUAUGUAUCAUAUAUCCUAAAAUAUACCAACCACACAUAGUUUUUUUUAUCAGAAACCACCUUUGAAGUUGAAGAUCGGAAGGAUAAAAUGUCUGUCGAAAGGCGUAUUUUACAUUCACGACAAAAUAAAAAAUAAUAUUAAAAGCACGUUUAUAGCAAAAACCACACUCAAAAUCGGUCAGAAUCUAAAAUAACAAAAAGUUUACUAUAAUAUAAUACAAAAUCCUUUUAUGUAUAUUUUUUAUUUUUUUAUUAAUAAUUAUAAUAAUUGUUUUUAUUGCAAUCUACUCGCACGUUAACAAAAAUUAAAAAAUUUAAAAAAAGUUUCACCGCGAAAAAAUUAGUACAGUCUCGGCUAUUAAAAAAAUUAAUUUUUUCUCUCCGAGUAUCGAUUUUGAUUUCCAUCCAAUAUCUCCCGAUUUCGAUGCUUACAGUUUUUGAUCCUUAAAUAGCAUAAUAAUUGUACUUAAAUUUCGAUCGUGUGUAUGUGUAUGCGGACAAAAUAAAGCUAACAACUGCUGUGCGCUAAGUGACAAUGUGCGUAUUUCGGAUUGAUUUAUGAAUGGGACGUGUAGUGAUUUUUUUUAUCGCUACAUUUUUUUUGUAUAUAUAUAUAUAUAUAUAUACAAUAUUUUAAUACUUCUAAACCUUAAGGUCAAUUGCCGUGCGUGCGUUUCAAUCGCUCUGCGGGUCGUUCAUUCAAGAAGACCAGUUUUAAACCGGUGGCAAAUAAAAAAAAAGUGUGACGAUGCACUCGCCAAUAUUAUUGUUAUAUUCGUUAAAUUUUUUUUUCAUUUUUUACGCGCAUGUUUUACUAGAAUAUAUCCAAUCGGCUCGUCAUAAUAAUAUAUUCAAGAAUUUAUCGAAUUUUAUGUUACACGUUAGGAAAUGAAAACAAUGAAAAAAAAAAAAAAAAAACUCCAUUCACUAAAGGAAAAUAAUAUUGCAAUAUAUUUCGUUAGGUAACUAGUUUUUCAAGUGAAUUCACUGUCAUGUUAUUAUAAUACAAUCGAGAGUCGGGGCGUAAAUCGCUGCCGGCCGCGGCGGCGUUGGCGAACGAAUCCCAACCUAACCUAACCGGCCGGUAACCUUGAAUCUAUAACCUAUAUGAUUUGAAUUAUUUAUUUCUGUCAGAAAAAAAAAAUAUAUAUUUAUGUAUAAAUAUCGGUAUUCGAGAAAUGAUGAUUCGUAAUUAAACACGAACGUUAUUGAUUAUCGGUUCAUUAUUGCUGGCCGAGAAUAUUAACUGCCCGAAUAAACGAGCGUAUCGUAAACUCGUCCGAAAAAUAGUAUAUUACGUAAAUUCUGACAUUAACGAUUAAUCGAAUCGAUAGGGAUGUAUAGUUUUGAGUAACCUCCGAUCUAUCGCAUUGUCCAAUGACAAAUUGAAAAUCGUAUUAUUUUCGUUAUAAAAUCACAGUAAAUCUUUGUCGAUAAUUGUACACAACUCUAUAAUCUACGUAUUCUAAGAUCUUAGCCCGCAGUCUUGUUCUCCUGCAGGCUCCUAUAUAGUAUUAUCUGCGGCCCAUUAAAAAAUACGUGUCGUAUUUGUAUAACAACAUCGUCUACACCGUCUACACAAGAGUCAGGAACGCGCUUGGUGCCCUGUCACAAAGUUGGAAGGCACGUGACUCACUGAUAAGACACUCGUUUCGUGUCUUGUGUACCCACGAAUAGGUAACGCUAACAACCAAAUACAAACCUGUCAAAUAGUUUUUCGACUACACUAUAUAGAAAUAAUAAUUACUGAAUAGUUUUCGAGUAGGUACCGAAUACUUAUAUCGAUAAUUUGGUUGCAACAACUGCCAAACAGUUCGAUAGUGAUUAUUCAUUAGUAGUACUCGGAUUUCAAUGCAUUUGAAUCUUUUUUUAUUGGAAUGUGUUACUCUUACACGAUGCUUUCUAAGCUACAAAUGUAUUUCAAGUACUCCAUGUUGUAACUAUAAGACAUUGUCGGGACGUUUUUGACGUUUUUAACGCAUUUGAAGACAUUUUCGAUACAUUUAUCGUAUUAUGGCUAAAAAAUUUGACUUCAUUGAAAUAAAAACAUAAUACUAUGUAAUAUAAAUCAUUUUUAUUUUUAAUAAUAUCAGGUAAUCUGGUUUUAAAUUAAACAAGGCAAUUUUUAUCAGAGUAUUUUCUUAUCGAGCGAUAGUAUUAUAUCGGUGGUGCGUGUGGCUGAUUGUCGGACCCUUUUAGUCCGUUCAAUUUAUUGAAAAGGGCAUUUUUUAGAGUUUUUAAGUUAUAAAAGCAUUUUUUGAUUUUUUUUUUUAGAAUAACUGCUGUAGCUUUUUAUCGAAAACGUUAUAAACAUAAAUUUAAGCAUAAUUAAGCACUAUUAUGACUUGAAAGACUAUAAUAUAAGCAGAAACAACCAAAAUUCAAGUAAAAACAUACAUAGAUACUCCAAAUAGCAUAAAAACUAUUAUUCUUCCUUCUUGGAGUUAUCUACCACUAAAACGACUAUUCUGUAGAGCACCAUAUUCUUCAAUUCUCCCUGCCAGCUGCUCUUACUUAUCAGUCUAGUCCUCUUUUAACGGUUUUACGUAUUUCCUCCUCACACCUUUCCAUCUUAAACAGAGGCGAAGCCAUAUAUGUCUUUCCGGGAUCUCUCCCAUAUUUCCAUGCGUAAAAGUGAAUUCUGACUUAUUUAAGCGUCACUUUUCUACUGCAAUCUUCUACUCUGGAUCGUAUUUUUGUAUUUAAUAUUUUCUGUUUACGGAUGAGUCUCUCUAACUCGUUCUUUUUUUUUCUUAUUUUCCAUUUACCUGUUUACUCAUAUUUAUUAUUUCCGUAAGUUUUUUCUUUAAAAAUAAUCAGUUGCCUACCCUCAUUUUCCUGAAUGCCCAUGUUUCUGUUCUAUAUGUGAUUAUUGGAUAUUAUAGCAAGGUAUAUAAUUGUAUCUUUAGUUCAUUCGAUAGAGACUACGAGUCCGUUAAUAAAUCAAGUGUGUUAUUAAAAUGAUCAGAAUAGUUGGUAAACAAAAUUAAACAUGUUCCGUAUUUAAUUAUAUAGUUUAAAUUGGUCAUUUCAUUUUUAUUUAGUAGAAUUUUGAAACGUGACUGAAAAAAAAAAUUAAUAUCAUGGAAAAUGGGUUGCCAUUUCUUUUUUUAGAUUUUGAGCAGAGCGAGGAAUGUAUUCGUUUUACAAUGAUAUUUAUUUAUUAUUUUUUUUUUUCAUGUGAACACUUUUCCUAUCAAAAAACUUAUUCUCAUGAUCAAGUAUAGCAUCUUUUCUAAAAGGAAAUGUUCUCUGAGUGGUUCUUUAAAGAGGUAAUUUUUUGAAAUUCUUAUUAAUAUUCGAGAUGAUGAGGAAAAACUGGUUCUUUAGGUCUAAAAAGAUUGAAGGAUUACAAAUAAUGUUGUUAUAAUAUAUGUGUGUCAUAAUAUGACAUACAUAUAUAUUGUUGACAAAAGCAACACUAUAUUAACUGAACUCCGUUUUUUCGUUAGCAAUGGUUUAUCUUAACUAACAGAUAUACAUUAAAUUUUCGUCUGUAUCCUACCUUCCCAACUUCCCACCUACAAACAACAAUGGCUACACCAACGUGCGAAGUACGUCCGUCUUUUUUUAUCACACAUACAUUGUUUUCUCAAAAAAAAUCCUCGUUUCGGAAAGCCGCGACGAUAAUCGGCCAACCGCGAAUUUAAAAACACGGUUGUAUAUUAUUGUGCAAUAUAUAUUAUAUUAUAAUAAUAUAUACGAACAUACAUAAUAUUAAAAUAAAUAUUAAAAAGUUUGAAUACUUAAUGUACGAUUAUAAUAAUACACGUACAGUGUAUGGCGGCGGGGUCCGAAUUAUAGCUCGGACGGCGAAUAAAAAAAAAAAAAAAAAAAAUCAAAUAUUAUUCUCACAUGCGCAACCGCUGUAAGUAACCGGCGAAUAUUAUACCACACAAAGAGACACACCCGGACCGCCGCGGAUCCCGUUAGUUAUACACCAUUAAUUUUAAAAAAUCAAUCGGACAUUAUACGACAUACGCGAGCGUGCGUUUUUGAAUUGUCCGUUUUGCAUAGCUAUUUAAUACAUACAUUAAAUAUGUACAGGGCGAUCCAUUUAUCACGAAUCAACGAUUCUCCCGGAGGGCUACAAGCGAAUUCGAUUCGAAAGCUUUUUUAUCGGAAAUCUCGUUCCAAUCAAAACCGUUAUGGCGACUUUCUUGUAGCAAUUAUUUUAUCUAGUCAGCGCGUUGGGCCGUUUUUCGAUUUCCUUUCUUAAUAAUCGGAAAUCACUCCAUAUUGUUUUAGUUCACUCCAAGUUGGAAGGAAUGACCUUCCAAUUUCUGUCCUAAACCAGAGGCACGUAAGCACUAUAAACAGUAUCGGCCUUUUUUUCACACAACACAUUUACCUUUUUAAUUAAUAAGUGUAAAAUUAUGAAUUUCAAAUAGAAAUUCAAUUUUUUUAAACACAGAUUCACAUACAAAAUGUAUUUUAAAUUUGUUACAAGUUUAUAAUAUCAAAUUUACUCUUAAUGAGUUGUAACAGAUUUAAAGUUCAAAAUGUAUCGUCUUAAAUCGGAUAUAAAGUUUAUUGCCUUUCCGUACUCCUCUGUCUAAACUUUAAACUGUUAUAACUCGUAAAUGGUAAUUCGUGUUAUGCGAAAUGUUGAUUUAUGAUGAAUAGAUGACCCUGAAUAUAUCUAUAGCACACCGAAAAACCGAAUCUAAAUAGUAAAUAUAAUAUAUUCAAUCUCAGCUAAUGCGGACGAUUAUUUCAAUAGUCUGUACGCGUUGGCGUUUUUGGCAAUUUUUGAAACCAAUAAUUAAACAUUGCUAGUUGCCACAAGACAACAUAUAUGACAUUGACGAGUUAAAUAGUUAAAAAUCAAGUUUGUAUUAAUUUUUUUGAGUUUUACUAACUCGACAUUUUUUCAUUUUUUUUUUUACAGUAUUAACUUACUUAACUAAUAAGACGAUAUUUAAUUCUGAAUACUACGUUAAGUUAACGUUGUUAGUGAAUAAGUUCAAUUUGUUUUUAAUUGUAACACAAUAUUAAAUGUACAGAGUAGAGCCUAUACAAUAUUUGAUUUAGUAAGUAACUACAAUAGUAUAAAUAACUUAUACACAUUUUUUUUUUAUUUGAUGUUGUGUAUAAUAGAGAUCCGAGUUUGAUAUAAAUAUAACAAUAAUAAUUAUCGAUGACAUAAAACGAAACCAAUGGAGACCUAUCCAAAUAUGUGCACAGUUGUACGGGGCAUUCAAGCGAUGAUAUUGACGGUUAUCAUAUCAUUAAAAAAAUAUUGUAAUAUUUCUAAUCAAUAAUGGCAAAUAUUUUCUUCUUUUUUGAAUUUCUAAUACGAUUUACUCAGAUUUUGACAUGAUAUAUAUAUGUGGUCGUAACCCACGAAUAACAAAAUUCCACGACAGAACACUGUUAAUACUAUAAUAUUAUCUCUAAAUCGUAUUGCUUUCCGAUAUCGUUCAAUAAGAAUGCAAUAUAAUAUCUAAAAAACAAACCUAGUGAAAAUAAUAAUACUAUUUUUUUAACAACUCUGCAACGAAAAAGUCAAGAAUAAUAAAUAGUUUCGUUUGGAAGUAUCAAAUACCUAAAUAAUGUUGUAAAAUUAUUAUCGUAAUAAUGUCCAAUCCUUAAGCAGGCGCGUGCGUUUUUUUGUUAAUGUUCAUAGUGGCGCGGGGUCUACCAGGAUCCUGUUUGUAAAAAUGCGUAAAAUAUCUACAGAAAGUUCAUUAUCUUUAAACUCAAAGACAUAAUAGGUUACUACAUAAAGAUACAUAAAUAUGAAUACGAAUUUAAUAAUAAAAAUAAAUAAAUAAAUCCAAUAUUAUAUUAUUAUUAAAUUUUUUUUGUAAUAUACAAGUUUUAUUUUCAAUGGGGGCCAAUUAGAGUUCCACGCAACUAUUUGAGGAUUAAAGAGGGACGAACAAUUUUAGUUUUUUUACGAUUUUACUAGUUACGGGUCACGGACCCUAGUGGUUUCGAUAGAUUCAGGGGGUCCCGAUGAAUUUGGGAUACUAUACUAUUAGUCGGGUCCCGGCUUUCGGUAGGUAAUAUUAUACUAACUAGUUAGGUCCGAACGUUUAAAACCAAUACCUUGCGUAACAUUUUUACAAGCUAUUUUCCCAGUGAUUUUUUGUCAUUUUUUCCUUUAAACAUUUUUCUUUUUAUAAAAUACAAUCCCUUAAGUUUUUUUUCGGAAUUUUUUAUUUCAAUGCAGGUAUCUAUUUGGGUAGUUUUUAAAACGUCUAUAAACUGGUGGAUGUUAGGAUACAAAUUGUGUUUUAUUUUUCGAAACUUCUGAACUCUUAUGAUUAUUAUUAAUAUUACGGUACUAGACGUAUGCACUACUUGCGAGAGUUCGGGAAUCAAUGUACUAUAGUUACUAUAGUAUGCUACUCGUAUAGACCCGGGCCCCAACUAGUGUAGACUUUUGUUCGCGGGAUCCGACUCGGAUGCGCCGUAUAUAUACAUAUGUUUGUUUUGUUUUCGUUUUAAAUUUCAACGUGAAAAAAUAGUCCGAAAUUAAAAUUUUAAAACCUGUUUUACACAUUGAUUGUAGAACAAUUUGCCGCCGUCCAUUCAAAUCUAUUCGGACCGUCGUCGGAGACCGAACCUCGGCCGGCCGGACCCGCGAGGAUGGAAAACUCGGCGGCGAUCGUGACAUUUGACGGUAUGCCAAAAGGUAUUUACUACGCGGAUCUAUAAUCGUCUUAUCAAUUUAUAACUUCACACGAGUGAAGAGUAUCGUUUAAGAACUUGUAAACGAAACGCGUGAAUCGGACGCGGAUGUAGCCGAUAAUAUAAUAAACUAUAGAUUGAUAAACUUUCGGAAGCACAUAACGUAUCGUACUUCCGCCAUUUUGAGUAAGGGUCAAUAACGACGUCUUAUCUUUUACAGUAUAGUAUGCGAUUUUUAUUAUUAUCAAAGUUGAUAGAAAACACACCAAAUAGACGAAAACGUUUGAAAUGCGCUUCAAUUAUUUGUAUAAAUAUUUGGGUUUCAUAUUUUAUAAUAUAACAUAAAAUCACAACACGUCUAAUACCGUUAAACCGAUAAAUCCUCUGCAAACGAUAAAUACAAAUAACUAUAAUAAAUAUUUAUUAUUGUACAGUAUUGAAAAUAACGUUUAUAAUUGUAAGAGAAUUUAAAUUUCGGUGACUCUAAUCGACCAACCUAUUUAAAAUGGCGGAUACGGUAACUUUACUUCACUAAGUUAUACGACCAGAGUUCUUCUUCGUCUUAUCGUCUUUAUCACAUUACUCAAGAGUCAACUGCUCAACUCUUAUAAUAUAUUCUCGCCCUUUUGCAUCUCCCUAGCCAUCCACAUUUCUUCGUCUGCUCCACAUCCCACAUGCCCUCCUCAUAUUCUACCUUGUACAAACAUUAAACCUUGCCUAACUUCCUUUUUCCCGACCAAACCUAACCCCGUACUCCAUUUACAUUCCGUGUUCUACACUCGACCCACUUGGCUGUAUACACACGGUUAGGUAUUCUCACCGAACGAUCAUUUCUUCUUCUCUCAACGCCAUGAUACAUGUCGGCAUUAUACCUAUACCGUCUCAAUCGUCGAACAAUCUUUCGCAUUUUUCCUGUUGAAUCCACUAUGCUUCCUAUAUAAAUAAUCUGGUUUAUUAUAUUAUCAUCUCUAUAUCUGUGAAAUCGCACGACUCGGUUGCUGAUGGUUUUCUAUAAUAUGUUGGUGAUAAGGAUGCGUGGUAAACGGAACGAUUUACGCGGAGGGCUCGGCGAUGGACAGCUCCAGUCUGUGCGAAUAUUGCUAUUGCAUCAAAGGCCGUCAACAAUGCGUACGGCCCCAGUGUUCGAUGACCGUCCCAGACUGUACGGCCGUGUACAAAAAACACACCUGUUGCCCUGUCCGAUACAAAUGUAAGUGUGUGUUACCUAUUUUACGAGAUACCGUUUUGCCUUCGCUCUGUCCGUUUUUUCCAUUUAAAAACGAAACGAUUUCCUGCAUGAGAAAUUGCUCGCCUUUAUUCAAUAAUAAUUAUUACACCUAUACAUUUUAUUUCCCGGUCGUUGUUUUCACUAUAUUAUAAAAACGUCUAAAUUGAUAAAAUAUAUUACAAUUGAAAAUCGUUGUGCUAAGAUUAUGGUAAAAUUUUCAAUAUUUUCGUUUUUAGUAACGUUUUAGAACGGAUCGAAAUAACUUCGAGUAUUAAUGUAUCGUCAAUUUGUUUAAAUUUUUUACUCGACGCUGGUAUGUGAACUUUACGCAUUACGAAUAAAACAAUAUCCGACAAAUUUAUAAUAAUAUUACGUUGCGCGUAGUAUACUUACUUUGGGAAACAUGGUACCUAGUAUAAGAUCCGCAGUUUAAGUCUUUUGAUAAAUAACACAAUUGAUAUAUUAUUAUUAUCGUUCGUUUUUCUUUCUGCAAUUCACGGGAAAUAUGCGUGUUUCUAGCGAUUUUUUUUUUCUAGGAUAUUCGUCCGUCACACUAUACCAGGGAGGGAAUGAACGGUUUCUAUGUACCCGUGAAAUGAAAUGAAAUAUUGUUUUGUCGUCUGACGGAAAUGACUAAUAUUUUACACGUUUAUUUUAUUUAUUUUGCAGGUUCGCCGUUACAACAGAGUGCACUGACGAAAAAAAACGCUACAGACGAACCGACCACCGAGUCGUCUUCUUCUUUGUCCGCUCGUCUCAAAGGUACCUGCAUAAUAGUAAUUAAUUACGUACGUCUUUUAUGAUAAACGACAGCCUAGGAGGUUACACUAAAAUACGUUUUUUUAGUUUCAAUUGUGUCAAGAUAAAAAAUUAUUGUAUUAGGUAAUAUAUGUGUUUCAUACGCGUUUCUAUCCGUCGAAAUGUAAAACUAAAAAGACCAUACAGAUGGACACUAAUAUUGGGUGUCCGAGCAAGUGAAUAAAACAAUAAAAUUAUUUUUAUUUUUUAUGAAACAAAAAAUAUGACUUGUUUCUUUAUUCGCUUGUUUUUUUUUUUUUUUUUUACUUCACUCAGUACUAUCUACGUACUUAAUUAUUUUAGAGAAAAUAUUAUUAAAAAAGUAUAAUUUUCAGAGAAGCACAUUCGGUUUUUGGCAGAAAUACUUAUACAAGCCAUAAAGGGGCGUAUUUAUGGAGGGGUCUGAGUGAGCUGCCUUCCCCCAAAAUUUUAAGAAAAUCUCAAAAUUAUUUUAUGGACUAUGAAAGGCGCUGCAACAGUCUUAAAUUACUUUUUAUUGAUUUCAAACCUAACCUUACAGACCAUUUAGUAACUAAUAUAAUAGGUACAUUAUGUUAAAUGUUAUUUUAUGAUAGGUAAAUUACGUAUAACUUUAGAUUCUGAGCGAAGCAAGGAAUGUGUUGGUUUUACAAUAGUGUUUAUUUUUUUUUUCUGUGAACAACUUUCUAAUAUCAAUUUUGCUCAUAUUUACAAUUAUAGCACUUUUUCUGAAAGGAUAUCUGACUGGGGAGAUACUUUAAAGAGAUAAUUGUUUUGAUUUUCUCAGGAGUUUUCCCAAUCAAUGGGAGAAAUGUAGGAAAAACAGAAAAUGGUACAAUAUUAAACAAAUAUCAUUAAAAAAAAUAUAUAGGUAAUGUGUAUGAAGGACUACGGGAAAAUACGAUAGUCAAUAUUCCUAAAAUGUUCAGUAUUGCAGUUUUAAAGUUUCAGAACUGCAUUAAAAUUGUAUUAAACCGUAUAUUUAAUCCUUUGUUAUAUCACUGACUGUGAUCUUUAUGCUCCAAAUCGAUUCACAUAUCAAUUCGGCCGGAAACAAAUGACAAGAUGAUAUAAUUAUUAUCUUAUUUUUUUUAAUUUUUUUUUUUAUUAUUAUCGCUUUUCCCCGUAGCCCCUCAUACGUAAUAAUUUUACCAUAAUAUGACACAUAUAUUGUCGAAAAAGCAAAAUUAUGAACCGAACUCCGCUCAGAAUGUUUUUUUCGUUAGUAAUGGUUAAUUUGUUUAUAUACAUUAAAUCACCUACAACAGUGACUGUACCGGUCUCCAUUAUCCUAGGACAGCUUUUUUUUAUUUAACUGUAUGACAAUGUUUGUAAAUUUUGAUCAGCCAUUCCCGAAAUAAAAUUCUGGAUACGCGCCUGAAGCCAUAGACGUCGUUUGUGCCUAAUCGUCACGUUCUUUAUGAAAAAUUCGACUCGCUAUAAAAACACUACUUUAUAAUUGCGAAAACAGUUCAUUAAAUUUUUGACGCGGUCUCGGAAAUAUUGGCGUAUAUUGGUGUACGAUGCGUCUUCGUGUACCGCGAUUAGUUGGGCCAAGUUCACGGACGCGUGCGAAACGACGGCGUCAUAAUAAUAUUCGAAUCGCGAUGUUUAAACAAUAAAAUAACCGUGACCGGAUUUCAAGGGGAGAAGGACAUCAAGGGCAGAGCGCGCACUCUUUACGUAAAAACAAAAAAUGCAUUUCGACGCGAUCGUAAUAGCAUUUUAGACACGCCGUAAUUAUAUCGUUUCGUUGCGUGUUUUGUCCUCUCGAAAUUACCGUUCGCGACGGUCCGUCGUUUUUACAAGCAUAUAAUUAUAAUAUUAUUAUCGCGGUUUCGGAUUACGUUCGAAAACCGACACGGAGGACAUACAUAGGGGGAGAGGAAACAUCCCUGGUUUACAGAUAUUCGUAUAAGAUCCCUACUAGUCCCUCGAACGGCCUUUUAGAUUCUGAACGAGAGGAAUGUGUUUUUUUAGUUUUUCAAAUCUUCGACCACUCUCUAAAAAAAAUAUCGUCGAAAACCGCGCGGAAAAAUAAAAUGAUGCUGAUUUUUGAUAAGAUAUUUCCAGAAAGCAGAGGUGGACUGGAUUAAGGUCCGGCCUAUUGUUUCAGGAAUCAAGGUAGCCUUUAGGCUUAGGUUAAAUCUUGUAGUUUUUUUACGAGCCUAAUCAUGAAUUUGAAAAUUAUAACAUUACAAUCGAUUUUUUUGUUGUACCACUAGGUAAAAUAUAUACGCAGGGUUCGGUUAAUAGUGUUGCUUUCAAACUUAUAUUAAAAUUCUUAUAAAAAACAAUUUUUUGACCACAAAGUAAGACUUAUAAUGAAUUUUCUGUUGAAUUUGUCAGAAUUUCUGUUUGGUCUAACAGUUUCAUCCGCAGACCUAACUACCAAAUAAAAAUUAAGUAAAAAAACACUGUAAAAUUAAAAUUUCUAUAAACAGCUCAUAUUUUACCACGUUUAGAAAAGGCAAUUAUAAGUUUCCUGUCAAGUCUCUACAAAAACAAAAAAACAAAAAAACUGCCGGUAGAAAAGUUGUUCACAAAAAAUAAUACAACAAACACAUUGUUGUAAAACCAAUACAUUCCUCGCUCCGACCCGAAUCAAAAAAAAAAAAAAAAAAGUAACGUUAUGAAAAGAAAUUCACCACGUCGUUGUGAAUAUAAAGUGAGGUCGGGCGGCGAAAACAAUAGGGAAAAUUGCAUUUUACCGAGAAACCGGUGGAAAUCCGAAAAAUCUCGACGCCCGUCGCCUCGGCUCGCGAUUCCCGUCGAUUUCAAUAAUUUUUUUUUUUUUUCUCACCGUUUCGCCGACUCUUUCGCGUCCUCGCCCGCAGACUGUCGCAUUAACGGCCGGCUGAUAUCGCUGGGCGAGCCCGUCGUCGGCGUGGCCCGGUCGUCGUGCGAAACGUGUUUCUGCAUCAACGGCCAGGUGCGAUGCGACAAGGUGAUAUGUCCGCCGAUCCGCGCCCAAAUCGCGCCCAAUUGCGGACCGGUCUACUCGGAAGGGCACUGCUGUCCGACGAGUUAUAACUGCACCGCCGCCGCCGCCGCCGCCGGUACCGGUACGUACACCCAUUAUAAUAAUAAUAAUAAUAAUAAUAAUAAUAAUAACGAUAAUAACGAUAAUAACGAUAAUAAUAAUAUUAAUAUCGCGCUUACGACACGGCGCGUGUGCCCGGCGUACGUUUCCCGCCCCCCCCCCCCCCUCCACCCGUCAGCCGCGCUUCGCGCCGCCCGGGUCGCUGACCGUUCUUUCCGACGGCGGCCGCGUGUUCCUGCGCACCCACCUCCGCCGGCGGCCGUCGCGCGGUAACGCGCAAUAGCGUUUGUUGCGUGCCCGUUACGCGCGCACGCGUCGAACGGGACGCCGCGACCGCCGCGCGUCUGCUACGCCCGUCCGAUUGCCGAGCGACGCGCGAAAACGGCGCUCACCCCGGGACCGAGUCGGACCGGGCCCGGCAUUCGGAUUUCACGGUCGCCGGCGCGCGCCCCGUUAUGAGACGCGCGGAGAGCAGUGUGUUUCGCGGAUGGAACGCCGUCCGGUGUUUUCGCGGCGUUAUUCGGAAAAAAAAUACGAGACUCCCGAUACGGGAGGAGUCACAAAAACUUUUCCUGUUUUGAUUUUUUUCUACGUUUUUAAAUAACCGUAACUUUUUUCCAGUAGUUCAUAAUUAGAAAAAAAAAAAAAAUGCACAUAUUUUCAUAGCGGCCGCUUUUAAUCUACAGUCGGAAUUAAGCUGGUUGUACUUAGUCUGCGUAUAAGCGUUGGUUUUUGCCCGGUAAACGCGAGUGCGGUGUUCUCUUAAGUGUCGUUGUCGAGGAUGGUUUUAAUAAUCCGCUGUCCGCGUCUAAAAACCCCAUCGAAAUCCCGCGAAAACGCUGUUGAUCAGCGUUAAAUUUUUUGAAAACCCGCUAAAAUUCCCACCGGAAAAAAAAAAAAAAACCUUAAAACAAUUUACUCCUUUACUCGCGUGCCACGGUGUUGAAUUGAACAUAAGAUGCGUUUUUUGAUUAGAUUUCGUUAGCUGAUUUGAGAUCUCAAAUCGCGUUCAGAAAAUGUAGACAGCACACGAGCACAUUUAUUCUCGAUUAUUAAUCGCAGUUUUAUUAUCAAAUAUUUUCUUUAAACAUUACUUUUAUUCAGGGUCCAACUGAUAUGAUCACGAAUCGAGAUAAAAUAUUUUCCACGGUUUGUAUGAUAGAGUUACCAAACAGUGUAGGAAUAAGAAGAAAUAUAUCUGUUUUUGUAGAUCACAUUUUAUUAUCAAGAAGAGAAUGUCCACUAAGAAUUAUUAUACGAAGUUUUCUAAGAAAAAAAAAAAAAACACUAAAAAUUACAAUAACCACUAAGUACUAUUUCUUUCCUACUAAUUAUAGUAUCCACAACUCACAAGAUUUUGUGAUUUUAGUUUUAAUAUAUUCCGUUUUAUUUGGCACCAGAUCCAUUUUGGUUGGUCGAUUCAAAUUUACAAGGCUCGUUCUUUUUCGCGCACCUGUUUUGGUGUCGGCUGUUUUCAACGUAAAAUUGUUUAAUCUCGAGGUAUAUGGCCGCUCCCAUUCGAUCGUUUCAAUCGUUUUCGGCCGUUUAACGUGUGCUAAACUUCAACGUAACAUUUCGUUUUCAGGAAAAACGAUUCACCGCAGACCAUCACUUAUCGGUUAUAAUAUCCCGCGGAACAAUAACGAAAUUUGUGUUUUUUUAGGUUCUCACGCGGUCGUCUCGAACGUCACAACAGCAGCCACAACCGUUGCUGCCGUGACGACAACAGCCGACGUUGAAACCCUCGUGCUCGGCGAAAGUUCGACACAACCGUCGUCAUCGCCACUGCCGCCACCGAUGCUGCCACUGAACGAGACAACGUCAACGGUAUACGAUUACUAUAGUAAUAAUUACGUGAUAGGUGCCGGAAUCCGGAUUUUUACGUUCGGAAAUCGUAAUUUAAUACCGACCGGGUUUUUUUCAAGAAAUACAUUUUUUUCUCCUCGUUCUGAUGUCAAUUAGACCGAUUGUAAUAUUAAAAAAAAAAGUUUCUGCUUCUCCUCCCCUUCCGUUUAGCCUGUUAAACCCGGCGCUCGAUAUGUUCGUUUUGCGAACAUUUCGUUGUCUCAGACGGUUUUGUAGCUAAAAAAGUUCCGAUUGUACCGGACGCGACGGGAACGUUGCCCCGCGAGUUUAGGCAACAUAACCUACACAGCGGCGUGUGUUCCGUCGGUAAUGAUCGAAAUGCCGGAUUGGAGAAUUUAAAAGUAAUAUUAUGAUUUUUUUCUUUCCGAAAAUCCCCCCCAAAAAUUGUUAUUUUAGGGGAAUAAAACUAUCGAUUUUUCGGGAAUUUCGUAAGUGCACCAACAUUUUCCAAGUUUUCCGGAAAAAAAAGUUGUUUUUUCGAAAAUUGUUAUCCCUAAUUUCGUGUUCAACAGAUACCGGCGGAAACCGAGAGCACGUCUGUCGCCGCCGAUAGCGUCGAAGAAUCCAAGAACGCGACGACGACCGAAUCUGUUGCUGCUGCUGUCCCUGACACGGUGGACACGGAUCCGGCGGAAUCGAGACACGGAAAUCCGGCCGGUUUGAUGCGAGACGACUGGGGCUUCAACGUCACCGAAAAGUCGAACAAUUUCGAAAUGGACUACGACGAACCGACUCUACCGCCGUCUUUGCCGAAUCUCAAGUACGAUUUUUUUUUUUUCAAAUUUUUUGAUUUUCGGUAUCCGUGUUCAUUGUUCAGAGUGUGCAGGAUCUAUUUUUCGUGUGGGAAGGGGCAACAAUAUAAAUGGUAUAACUGUCUAUAGUUGUAACAUCUAUUAUAUUUCCUGAGACCCGUCUUUCCCUCUAUGAUAUGCACGUAGGCUAUAGAUGACAGGGUUCAUCUCCACUAUCUGUAUUUUUUGUUCUCUUUCACCAGUGAUUGAAAUCGAAAAUUGAUUGCAUUAAAGUGUAUAAUAAAAUAUAUCGUAUAUUUAUAUUACAUACAGCGAUUACAAACAUUUUUUCUUUGUGAAAAUUGAAUUUCCGUUCAUUCUGAUCUUUUGCUUAAGCACGUCUUUACGCACAAACAUAAAUAAAAAGUAAAAGCAAAAUUUCAUUUUAUUUAUGUACAGUGUUGCCAAAGAUUAUUACGUAUCAAAUUACAAGAGAAUAGUGACGUAAACAGAUUUGUAAUCAAUUUCAACUGUUUUUUUGUAAACGUAAAUAUUAAUAAAUUAUGUUAUAAAAUAAUUAAAUAAAAUUUAUUUGAAAUUUUAAUGUUAAAUAUUACGCGUGUUACCGGAGAUUUUCUGUAAAAAUACAUUCAUGCAAAACACACAAUGUAAUCAUACUAAAGUUAUUUUAUAUGUAAAAUAUGUAAAAGACAAUAAUCCGCAGGAAACCUCAUCAAAAGCUUUUUGAAAAAAUAAGUAAAAUUAAGAGAUAUAAAAGAGUUAAAAAGAAAAAGUCCAUGUACAUAGCCUACCGCCUCGUUGUGUUUUUUUAUUCUAGAUUUUUUUUUUAUCUCUAAAUACACUUGUCGAUAUUUGAAUAUUUGAAUAUAAAAUGUUAAAAAAAUUGUUUGUGCGCAACUCCUUAUAAACUUAUAAACUUGUAUACUGGACGUGCAAAAGUAUCUGGUGACGAUAAUGUACAGAAAAAUACAUCGCACGGAUGUUGGCAACAUCAAAUGUUUAAAUCGUUUUUUCCUAUUAUACAGGAUCAUACCGUUUGUCGCGGCGGACGCAGUGGUCGACGAACAACCGGCUCAGCUUUACGACAGUGACGAUAAUUAUCAGCCAAUAGUGGAACGCGUGUACAACGUAUCGGAGGUCGAGGAAACUCCCGCGGCCGUCGUCAACAGUUUUUCCCCGCCCGUCGAGACUGAGGGUAAACUGAUUUCCGAUGUUAGAUUUCAAUAGUUUGAGCGGAUUCACCGAGAGGAGGAAACCAGACUCCGUCGAAUGGCAAAAAACCCGUAAAAAUCUGGCCCGCAAAAGGACGAAACGCAAUUCAAAUCGUAAUAUUUUGCGUUCUGUAUGUUUCGCAGAUUUUUACGGUCCAGGAUAUUAUACAUGGACCCGCGGGAGUCUCGCAUUUCCCCCAUCACACAACAAAUGCGGAAUACUUCCGACACGAUCACAGUACUGAAAAACAACAUUCUGGUCCCGAUUAAUUUCUCGGCAAUAUUCGCUAUCGUAAACCGCAUAUUUUAGAAACACUAUGAGUCCACUUUUUCACUUCUUGAGACAAUCAAAAAAAAUAUUUCGUACGAUUCUAGAAAGGUUACUCUGAACUCCAGAAAAUUACUGAAAAAUAAUUUACAAUUCACUUUUUUCAGUGUCGAUCAAUGGCAUACUGGGGAAAGGGGGAUAUGUAUACUAUUAUUCGCAUAUACCUAUGGGAUUUCUGCAGUAAAUAAACUCAUUAUUCCAGCUGAUUUUUAAAAUGUUUUCCUCAUCAGUAACCUAAAUCAGAAAAUAAUCAAUACUCGUAGUUUCGGUUGUAAUACUAAUCGAGAAAGUGCAACGACAGAAAUUUUUAUCACAUUGUUUUGUUGUGUUUAUCAGGCGGAUUCGUUCCGAAAGAUCCUCCAGAAGGUGCGAUCUACGUGCCGACGGAUAAGUUCCGAACGACCACGGAACGCGUUAAAACUUCAGCCGUUCAGCUUCACGACGAUCCCGUCGUGGAACAUCGACCGACGAGACCCGGUGAGUUUACAGCGGUGGUUUCGAUUUGUUUUUUAAAAAAACAAAAACAUGUCAUCCCUAUGAAACGUUAUAAACUCGAGAUCGAGUUCAAUGAGAUAAUUAUUGCAGAAGUCAUUUCGUUCGGUAUACGAGUAAUAAUAUUAUUAUCACAUUGAGUUAGUAUCACUGUUACCACCAUACAUAAUAAGUAUCUUUAUAGAAGAUCCGAGAUGUAUUGCAUAAACUAAAACUUAAAGAGAUACAGUUUUAUUUUUGAUACACGUAUCUAUGGUACUGCCCAACCCUGGUUAUUGUAUGUGGAAUCAUUAAAAUCUCAUUGACGACCACGUACAGAGGACUAUCAUACUAACAAUAUUUAAGGCGUGACGUAUAGGCAAUUUUGACCAAAAUUUAGAGAGAGAUAAAAAUGAAAAUCGAUCGUCUCCAAUAUAUUAAAAUUCACUUUCGUAUACGUUUAAACACGGCCGUGGAUCCUAAUCACGAGUGCAUAAAUCGUGAAAAUUAAAUGGGUACACAAAUAGCUUUCAUUAAAUUACGAACACAUAAGAUGUGCAACCGAUUCGAUCGAUGCGACCUUUUGCGUCGCGUUAUAUCGAUCGCGUUUAUUUACAAAUGGUGUCGCGAAGAUUUUAAUUUAUUAUUAGAUGGUAUUUCUCAUUUUUUAUUCCACCAUCAUUUAUUGUGAUUUUAUUAUUUUCACUCGACAGUUUUUCAUAUUUUUGGGCACCAUCACGUAUAAUUCGAGUACGUAUUUCAACGGCUCAAAAGUAUAAAACGUAUCGCGGUCCACCGAGUAUUGCUCGGUUUUUACCGUGGGCAGAUACGCUAAAUCACGCUCGUUUUCGAGAUUUGUAUAAUAAUCAUGUGGUAUUAUGUCUAUUAUUAUUAUUAGUUCGAAAACGCUCGCGCUGUCAUUCUCUUAAAACGGUCCAACUCGUUGUCGUUAAAACAUUAAAAAAAAAAAAAAAAAAAAGUUAUUCGUUCCGUUUGUAUACGUACGAGAUCUUGCUGUAAUAUUAUUUUACAAUUUUUAUUAUUAUUUAAAAAAAAAAACAAUUUUGACGGGUUAUCUGUGCAGCGACGACGUUCUCUUAAAUUUCGUAUUAUACUUAAAAUAACGAUCCGUCCGAACUCGUGUGUAUUUAUUAUGAAAAUGUUUUUCUCCCCCCCCCCUCUCAUUUCCUAUGCCCUGUCGUCUGCGUCGUCGUCAUUGCCGUGAUACUGUGCCAAAUUAUUCGAUAAACUUGUCAACGUGCGCGCGCGUAUACGAAAAAACCUCGAAUCAACAGGACGUCAUCGUACGCGUCCAUCCUUUAUUAAGGGGUCCUGAGAAAAAAAAAAAAAUCUCCCAAAAUCUGUUAUCGGUUAAAUUUUUUUUCGAACUAAUGUACGAGUACUGUAACAGUUCCCGGAUACAGAACGACGUAACAAUACUUUUAAUUUUCGAUAUUACGAUAGUAAUAAUAUGUUAUAGGUCGGUAUCGCACAGUGAAUUGCAAAAAUCACGAUUUUCCUACAAAGUAAAAAUCUCUUUGAAAAUAUUUUAUACUUUGGUAUAUUUUUAACAUGCCAUUACAUUAUGCAAUCAGUAAUCGGUGAUUGUGUUACCACUGAAAAACGUCGGUGAUUGUGAAAUUAUUUUCUUUAAAAAAAAAUCUUUAAUAAAAUGUAUAUACGGACAGACAUUUCAAACGCAAAAUCUCCGACAAAAAGUUACUCGUUCGAAAAAAAUUAAUUUCUAUAUUAUUAUGACGUUUUAUUGUAUUGACGUGUUUUUUUUUUUUUUUUAAUCAUUGCUACGGUAUUUUUAGAUUUUUAACGGAAAUGAAUAUUUCAUAAAUAAAUUUCGUUAACGACGAUGACCUUAGACGAUUACAUUAUUUACCUACGUUUUAUAUUUUAUGUCUUAUAUAAUUUUGAAUGGUUUUUCCCCUCCUCCUUUCAGUUUGGUGCUCUUCCAACGGUAAGAAAUACAAACACGGCGAGUUGCUGACCGACCCGAGCGCUUGCAACAUAUGCGUUUGUUUCAACGCCAAAAUCGUCUGCCAAGAAAAUUGUCCAGCCGUCAAAGUAGGCUGCCAGCGAGUUAGUGACCCGAACAAUAGCACUUGUUGCGGUCGAAUCGUUUGCAGUAAGUCACAGUGUUGAAUAAAUUGUACCUAUAGACAUAACGUUAAACGAUAGCUGUACCGAAAUCGUCAAGAUAUAGACGGGGAUGACAAAUAUUUAAACAUUAUCCCGGAUAAGACAGUGAAUUAAUCGUCAACAGAUAAGCGGAAUUUAUCCGGACAACCGUUUUGCGUGGCCAUUUGCCGGAGGACAUUACGGCAGGGUGAUCGAAAUUUGAACGGUUAAAAUAACUAUAUGUAAAUGCAAAUGGUGUAAAUCUUUAUGGAAAUAGUAACUUCCAAUUUUCAAAUUUUCAAAACAGUUAUACCGAAAGUGUAACUUAUACAGUUAUUAAAUAUUUGUCUAUUAUUAUCGUUUAAUAGAUACGUAUACAUUUUGUUUAUAGAUGUAAUUAUCUAUAUAAUUACCGAACAGAUAAUUAAUCAGUCCGUCUUGAAUAGCCUUAGAUAGUUAUCAGAAUGUUUAUUUAGAUAGGCAACACAAUAAAAAUAAAACCAUAUACCGUUUAUCUAGGAGAAUUAGCCAAAUGUUUCGAUCCGAUGGUGCUUUAUUUAUUUUCUAGAUUCCCAACAGUUUUUCAAGAAAAUUAACACACUAACAACGAAUGACGGUGCGUCGGUUUCAUUUCUGUCGAUCGAUCUGGUUUGUUCUUAGCUACAAGGGGGAAAAAAAAAACACGACCAAUAGCAUCCGCCGUGUAACUUUACCAGUUUACCGAGUUUCAUUAAGCGUCGUUUUUUUUUUGUUUUUUUUUUUAAUACAGCGAUUCAUCGUUGUUUUCGGCAUGUACACUGAAUCGUUCUCCGCAGUCCGUCUAUACUUUCCGAACUUUCCAUUUCAAAACAGCGUAUCCUAGUACGCACAGUGCGCACAUACACGCACAUUUUUUUUUUUUUCGUAUAGACGACACGUACAAAAAAUUCGAUUUAUAAAUUCGAUUUUUCAAGAAUAUCGAUACUAUUUUCACUAGUAAAAAAAAAAAAAACAAACCAUCGUUGGCACCGCAAAAGUCAGCGCGCGCGGUUAUAGUUAACAGUGUAUUUACGUGAAUUCAACUGAACGGAAAAAACUAGAAAAAAAUAAAAAAAAAAACACGCGCGAGUGUAUAAAGGUAAAAUAUUUUUCGGAAGAUCGAUCGGGGCCCCACGCGCAGCGCGGUUCCAAGUGCAGGUGCACCAUCGCCGGCGUGCCCUCGGGGGCGGCUGCGCGUGACGUGCGCGCGCGUUGAUUACAGUUUUAACGUGAUUUAUUCGUUCACGCACGCGAGAUAAUAAUAAAUAAUAAUAGAAAAGGGGAAUUUCGAGUCAUUAGCGCCCCGCGCGCAUUGAACACCGAAAACCGACAUUAAUUAUUGCCAUUAUUGUAUAUGCGCGGGUUUUCGCGGAUUCCCCGAUGAGAACCGGGUGCCGGGUUAAAAAAACGAAAAAUAGCCGACACUGUUCUGACAGGCGUGCCGCUGUCGCGAAUGGGAAGCCGGGAAGACGGGAUGUAUAAAGUCGUCUUAUAUACGUCAGUACGUGACCUCCCCGACGCACCGACAAGACGGCAUUCGCUACCAGAAACCACCCGUAGAGUAUCGGACUGUCGGAGUAAGAUUUCUUAUAGGAACGGUGUCAAUAAACGGAAAUAAAAAAAAAAAAGAGAGACGCUCAGAAUCUCGAACAUAAACCGAAUUCACAGAGGAGUAGGUUGUUUACUCGUUGAACACACACACACACACACGUUAGAUUUUCCCUGUAACGACACUCGAUUUGAAAAGUUUGACAAAAUUAAAUGACAACCGGUUUGUUCUUCUUGUGGCCUUUACAACCCUCUAAUAGUGUUCACCGACAAAACAACGCCGCGCCGUCUGUCCCUGCUCCGCGCCACAAUUGUCCCGAAAUCUUCUAAUCCCAGAUUCUUUAGGUCCACUUCGAGAACGUCGGCCCGCCUUCUGGGCCCCACUGCAAGACGUCUUCCCCCGAGGCUUCCGUUCUAGCGCUGUUCUAUUCAGUUCCGUUUCUCUCCAAAGUUUCAUAUAAUAUUUAGUCGUGUUUAACGGUAAAUUUUAAACGACGAUCAAUUUAUUGCGAUUUUUGUGUCCGCAGCAGACGGUCACGAAAACGAAAUCACCACGGAACGUAACGGCGUUAGAUUUACCGAGAUCCCGUCCGAGACGAGUACGCGGAAAAUCCCGCCGCGGGAUCCGACCGUAGACCGUGUCGUUUAUUCCGUACCGACCACUGACGGACCGGCCGCAGCAGCCGUUUCGACGACGAUGACGUCGCCGACGGCCGCCACGAGACCUGCCCCAGAACCGGCGACGGCGCAAACGGCCAAACCGACGGCGCGUCCGACUUCCGCGGCUCCGACCGUCGUUUCCAACGUCGCGCCGUCAACGGUUCCGCCGACUUUUUUGCCCGUCCAACGCGUAGAAACCGCGACGGCGGCGGCGGCGACGACGACGACGACGACUACGACUACCGAGAAACCGCCGGCCGAGGACGAAGACUACAGCAGUUUCGAGAGCAUGUUUUCGUUCUUGUUCAACGGCGACGCGCCCGCGGAACCGCCGUCCCCGUCCGGCGCCCCGCCGUCGCCCGCGGCCUCGGCGGCUCAUCGCAAUAAUGCGGCCGUGACGGAGACCCGCAUCGAACACCGCACGGACGACGAGAUCGACGACAAAAUCCGUACGGACGACGAGAUCGACGACAAAGUCCGCACGGACGACGCGAGACCCGCGGCGGACAGGGAUCGACACUCGCCGGACGGAAAACGCCACGACGGCGACAAAGCCGCGGAGCCGCCGUUGGUGCGGGACGCGCAGAAAAAGCCCGCCAAAGUCGAAUCGCCGAACGCCGAAACCGACGGCGGCCGUCCGGCAAAUUCCGGCAACGGACCGCAGCGCGCCGAGGCCGAGGUCAAAACGCGUUUCGACGUCAACGAAAACGCUCAGUUUUUGCAUUUAAGCGACAACAACAAUAGGCGUGCCGAGGUGGCGGCAAUGCCGCCGUCGUCGCGUCCGCACCAUCCGCAAACCGAAGUGAAAUCGCAUUUCGACGUCCGAGACGAACCGCCUCACCGUCAUUCCGAUCCGGAGGUAAACGCGGUACCCCCCGCGGCGGACGCCGACUUUAAACGGCCGUCCGGGAACAAUAACAACAACAACAGAAAACCGGCACAUUCCGACCACGUCGGUAACGUGAACAAGGAGCGAAUCGGUCCGACGGGUUCGGGUCUCGACAAGAACAACCGCCCCGAAGUCGAACAUUUGCACCCGUAUUCCGCGAACCAUCUGAACCGUCAGCAGCAGCAGCAGCAGCAGCAGCAACAGCAACAGCAACCGGAACGGCCGGCCGCCGGAACGAAAGCAAACGCGAAACCGCCGAAGACCAAAACGGACGCGGAGUUCAAUCCGGUGUUGGCGUCCCUGCUGAAGAUAUCGGGGUGCAACAUUUACGGGCGCAUGUACAGGGUGGGCAAAAUAAUCGCCGAACUUUCGACGCCGUGUCUGGAGUGCAUGUGCACGGAAAUCGGAGUACACUGCAACCAACUGAAAUGUUGAUGCGAAGGGCCGACCACACGUGGAAAUUACAAAUCCGUAUAAUAUAAAUGUAUUUGUAUUAUUAUUAUUAUUAUUUUUUUUUAAUUUUUUUUAAUUUUUGUUCUAUUCGUAAGGCGUUCCUAGCUUACGCGCUAUCGCCACGUCCGUUUUCGAAACAUUUUGUUUAUCGAUUGAAAGUCAAAAAGAAAUUUCGUUUUUUAAACAUUCAAAACCACGUAGCCGUUUUUCGCCGUUAUAAAAUCGUGCGAUCACAGUAUUGCGCGUUCCGUGUCGCACAAACGUUCGUCGACAACAUGCGUAGCCGCAAUACGUUUGAUAAUUCCGCGUGGAGUUCGUUUGGAUACAAAGUUGAAAAAAAAAAGCGGCGAUUAUUAGUAUUAUUAUUAUUAUUUUAACGAUUAGGUACGCGUUCGUUUAUUCGUUCCGUUUUAUGUUGUUGCGGUUAAAGUUUUUUUUUUUUUUUUUUUUUUUUUUUCGGUUUCGAUGGGCGGACAUAACACAAUAACUAUUGUACAGCGAAACGAAACAUGGAUAUCGAUAGCCUGUAAACAUUGUGAUCUCUUGUCAAUUAAUCAAAUUUGUACGAAUUAAAUGUUAGAAACGUUUUAAGUAUAUAUAAUAUUAUUUAUAGUAGAUGUACAGGGUGUCCUACGGUGUUAUCCGUUCAUGUUUAAUAACUCUGUCAAUAUUUAUUUAUUUAUUUGUUUUUUUUUCUUUUUUUUUUUUACAUUUUUUUCAAUCGGGUUUUCUGCGGCGGGACGUAUGCGUAGAGAAAAAAAAUUGAAUUUUCAUUUUCGUCCCUUGGUCGCCGGGCAAAAUGACAAUUCAAAGUUUUCAAAACAGCCAUUUUGAAAAUGCAGAUGUCACACGUUCGCGCCGGAUCAAUAUAGUUUCUUAGUUAUAGCGGCUUUAUUGUAUAGAAAACGGCCGUGAAAAUUAUGUUACGUUAACGAUUUCGGAAUAAUAUAUUUCAAUGCAUAAUGGCCGUUUUGAAAAGCGAUAAAAUAGAAAUUCCUUUUUUUUUUUUCUUUCGAUAAUUACGGGACGAAAAUAUUAUUUUUAUUGUUCUCUACACGCGUGUUGCCCUCGCACAAAACCCGAUUGAAAAAAAAAAAAAAAAAAAAAUGAAAACGAAUAUCGACAGAAUUAUUAUAGCACCAUAAGGAUAACGUAGUAGAACACUCAGUAUUGUGCAAUAAGGUUUUAUGAUAUUACUUUUAUUAACUAGGCAUUAUUCGUUUUUAUUAUGUUUGGUUUGUGUAUUGAACGCGUAUAGUCGAAUUAAAAAAAAAAAAAAAGAAGAAGAAAAAUAUAAAAAGACAACACCUGAGAUAAGGAUUAUCGGUAUGAAAUUAAUAGUUAUAGAUAAUAAUUUUUAGUUCAAGUAGUUGUAUUGGAAUUUUUUAUUUAUUAUUAUUAUUAAUUUUUUUUUCUUUGUUAAUAUAUAUAAAUUUAGUUUUAGUUUUACAAACAAGAAAAAGAAGAAAAAAAAAAAACCACACAAUUAUUAUAUUUUAUUUUAGGCAAUGGAUGUGUUAGUUUUAAACGAGCGUAUUGUUAUAAUACGUUCUUGAGAUAACGCGCCGAAAAUCGAAUUUUAACAAUUAUUAAUUAAGAUUACGUUUAAUAAGAAUAUAUUAUACGUAUUAAUAGAAUUAUCAUUAUAGAAUAUUAUAUCGUUUUGCCAUACGUAAUUAUUAUUAUAAUUAUACGUUUUUUUUUUUUUUUUUUAUGAAAUCAUUAUAAUUACCCUUGAAAAUAUAUUAUUGAAAUACGUGUUACUUUCUAUAAUACGUACAACAUUAUUAAUAGGACAACAAGUUUACAAGUACGUUAUUAUAUUAUACGUGUAUUAAACAAUUAUCGCUUG